AUGAGUCUCAAAAUUCCGUCUCCUGAUCACUUAAUAGAAUCAGAAAGUGAAGAAGAAAAAAUGGUCUACCUAUAUGGUAGCUUUAGAGAAUGAUGGAAUUUCUCUGAAGAAGACCACCCCAUGAUUCCCAACCUAACACCUCUUGAGAGCCUUUCCUGCUAGGUUAAGGACCUUUAAAAAUACUCUAAAACUUGGAAACCUUUAGAUCCUAACUACUGGUUGUAUCAUGCUGAACUCAUAGAAAAAAACAAUGCAGUCCACAAACUUCAAGAGACAGGUUUAAGACUUUCCCAUUGUUUCCAUUGUGUCCCCAAACUGGAACCAAUUCCUGAAUGAACCUCUGGUUUCUUGUGAGGUUCCCAUGUUUUCAAAAGCCUCUUAAAAGUCCGAGCCAGCACAUCUAGACAUCUGGCAACUCUAUGGGAGCGAGGCAAUUUGCUAAGCCAAAUAUUGAGUAGAGCCAUUUCCAAAGACUCUUCUUGUUGCUGUGGAUGCCUGACAAAGGGAGUUAAAGAGCCUGUGCUGAAUUUUCUGACACUUUCCUACACUGGUCUCCAGAAGUCAAUUAAUAAACUCCUAACUACUUCAUGACAACAGUAAGCAUUUGCUUUGGUACUGGUGUUGCCUAUUUAGGAAAGUGUACAGGGAACUGGAGACUUAGCUCAGAGGUUAAGAGCACUUGUUAUUUCAGAGGCUCAGGUUCAAUUCCCAGCAGCCACAUGGUGGCUCAAAACUGUAACUCCAGUUCCAGAGGUUCCAAAACUCAUGACUAACCUCGAUACCAAGAAUGCAUUGGCUACACAUACAUACAUGCAGGUAGAACACCCAACAUGCAAAUAAGCCCCCCCAAAAAAAUUUUAAGGGCUACAAAGUAAAUCACACAACAUAAAUAUAUUUGGAAAACUGAUGCUGUUUUAACAAUAAUAUUCCCUGACAAG